GGAGACGUUUCAAAGAUGGCGAUAAUCUGUGUUAUUAACGUGUGAACGUAACAACGCCGGACUGUUCUACGGCGAAAAUAAUUGAAAUAACACAAGAAUUUCAUACUCCAAGUGCGCCUGAAAGUAUCCUUCCAUCGAAUGUGAUCCUGUGGGGAGUUCGCGAUUGUAUCAGACAAGAGUGAAGAAUACAAGUACAAAAUGUCUAAAACUGACGAAAACGUGUCCCCCGGGGACACUGGGGAAAACUCCAAUGAUUCUUCGGCGGAAACAACGUCUUCGAGAGGUGGAGGAGACUUCGAAACAAAGAUCGAGACCGACCGAAGCAAGCGUUUCGAUUAUCUGCUAAAGCAGACCGAGAUUUUCUCGCAUUUUAUGACAAAUCACCAGAAGGACAAGAGUCCUUCGAAAGUUAAGGCAGGUAGACCCAGAAAGCAACCUGAGGGCGGCCUCCCUCCUCCGAAGGCGCCUGCAGCUGGAGCCUCACAAUCAGCGAAAGAUGCCGCAGAUCACAGACAUAGUAAAACCGAAGAAGAGGAAGACGAAGAAUUGCUUGCUGAUGCCAAUAUCACCGUCGCACCUACGACUCGCUUCGAGGCCUCGCCAAAUUACAUCAAGAAUGGAGAAUUACGAGAUUAUCAAAUUCGGGGGUUGAACUGGAUGAUUUCUCUUUACGAGAAUGGAAUCAACGGCAUCCUGGCUGACGAGAUGGGUCUGGGAAAAACACUUCAGACUAUAUCUUUACUUGGAUACAUGAAGCACUUCCGCAACGUGUCAGGUCCUCACUUAGUCGUUGUUCCGAAAACCACCCUCGCCAAUUGGAUGAACGAGUUCAAGAAAUGGUGUCCAACCUUAAGAACCGUUUACCUCAUCGGAGACAUCGACACGAGGAACACUUUCAUCCGUGACGUAAUGCUGCCAGGAGAAUGGGACGUGUGUGUAACCUCCUACGAAAUGGUUCUCCGUGAGAAGUGGGUAUUCAAAAAAUUUAACUGGCGCUACAUGGUAGUCGACGAAGCACACAGACUGAAGAACGAGAAGUCGAAGCUCUCCGAAAUACUCCGAGAAUGCAAAACGGCAAAUCGUCUUCUCCUGACCGGAACGCCCCUCCAAAAUAAUCUCCACGAAUUGUGGUCUCUCCUCAAUUUCCUUCUGCCCGAUGUAUUCAAUAGUUCGGACGACUUUGACUCUUGGUUCAACACCAACAGCUUCUUGGGAGACAAUUCCCUCGUUGAGAGAUUGCACGCUGUCCUCAGACCUUUCCUUCUCCGACGUCUGAAAUCCGAGGUAGAGAAGGGCCUAAAACCCAAGAAAGAAAUGAAAGUUUACAUUGGACUCAGCAAAAUGCAAAGAGAGUGGUACACGAAAGUCCUGAUGAAAGAUAUCGAUAUUGUGAAUGGCGCUGGAAAAAUCGAGAAAAUGAGGCUUCAAAAUAUUCUCAUGCAGUUGCGUAAAUGUUGCAAUCAUCCGUAUCUUUUUGAUGGCGCUGAACCUGGACCCCCUUACACGACUGAUCAUCACUUGGUUCACAAUUGCGGCAAACUCGUGAUUCUUGACAAACUUUUGCCGAAACUCCAGGAACAGCAAUCGAGGGUUUUGAUUUUCAGUCAGAUGACAAGAAUGCUGGAUAUUUUGGAGGACUAUUGUCACUGGAGAUGCUUCAAUUAUUGCCGUCUGGAUGGUAAUACGGCUCACGAAGAUCGUCAGCGUCAAAUUAACGAGUUUAAUGCUCCUGGCAGUGAGAAAUUUCUUUUUAUGUUGUCAACUCGAGCUGGUGGUUUGGGUAUCAAUUUGGCGACUGCUGAUGUUGUUAUUAUUUAUGACUCUGACUGGAAUCCGCAAAUGGAUUUGCAGGCGAUGGAUCGUGCUCAUCGAAUCGGUCAACAGAAGCAAGUACGCGUUUUCAGAUUCAUCACUGAAAACACGGUGGAAGAAAAAAUCGUGGAACGUGCUGAAGUAAAGCUUCGAUUGGACAAACUUGUCAUUCAACAAGGCAGAUUGGUUGAUGCGAAACAGACGGCAUUGAACAAGGACGAGAUGCUCAAUAUAAUCAGGCAUGGUGCCAAUGAAGUCUUCGCUUCCAAGGACAGUGCCAUAACUGAUGAAGAUAUCGACACGAUUCUCCAGAAGGGAGAGAACAAAACCGAGGAGCUGAAGCAGAAGCUCGAAAGCUUGGGAGAGUCAUCUCUCCGUAAUUUUACGGUCGAUGCGCCGACGGAUUCCGUUUAUCAAUUCGAGGGUCAGGACUACCGAGAAAAGCAGAAGAUUCUGGGCGUUGGUAACUGGAUCGAACCGCCCAAACGUGAAAGGAAAGCUAAUUAUGCGGUAGAUGCCUACUUCAGGGAAGCGCUCAGAGUUUCUGAGCCGAAGGCUCCGAAAGCACCACGACCUCCUAAACAGCCUAUCGUCCAAGACUUCCAGUUCUUCCCGCCGAGACUUUUUGAACUUCUGGAUCAAGAAAUUUACUAUUUUAGACAGACAGUUGGAUACAAGGUUCCAAAGAAUCCAGAAUUAGGGUCUGACGCAGCGAGAAUUCAGAAAGAGGAGCAGCGCAAGAUAGACGACGCUCAACAACUUUCUGAUGAGGAAAUCGCAGAGAAGGAAAGCCUGCUUACGCAGGGUUUCACCAACUGGACAAAACGAGAUUUCAAUCAGUUUAUAAAAGCAAAUGAAAAGUAUGGUCGCGAUGAUAUUGAGAACAUUGCAAAGGAAGUCGAAGGCAAAACGCCUGAAGAGGUGAUGGAGUACUCGGCUGUAUUCUGGGAACGUUGUCAUGAACUUCAGGAUAUCGACAGAGUUAUGGCGCAAAUCGAGCGAGGAGAGGCAAAAAUACAAAGACGAGCUGGCAUCAAAAAAGCCCUCGACGCUAAAAUGGCGAGGUACCGAGCUGCCUUCCACCAAUUGAGAAUAGCUUACGGAACCAACAAGGGCAAAAAUUACACCGAAGAGGAGGAUAGAUUCUUAGUUUGCAUGCUGCACAAACUCGGUUUUGACAAGGAGAACGUCUACGAAGAAUUGAGAGCGACCGUUAGGUCCGCUCCCCAGUUCCGUUUUGACUGGUUCGUAAAAUCAAGAACAGCCCUGGAAUUGCAGAGAAGGUGUAACACGCUCAUCACUCUAAUUGAACGAGAGAAUCAGGAACUCGAAGAGCGGGAGAGACAGGAAAGGAGGAAGAAAGGAGGAAACGCGGGUACUAAACCAACCUCGAAACGUAAAAGUGAAAACUUACCAGCGCCUCAGCCUAGAAAGAAAAAGAAGUAGAUGUGAAUCGUCAUCCAUUUUCUUGCACUCACCCAACCGGACCAAAAGAGUAAUUUAUGUAUUUGAUAUAAAAGCGUAGGCGCGUAGUUUAAAAGUUGAAAAGCUUGGGACUGUGUGGGUGGGGGUGAGAGGUUUUUUUUAUACAUGCGUUCUCUUUUUCCUCGCGCAAUUGCAAUGUUCUCUUAAUUUCAUAUGAUUCGUUCAUUCAGCUUCUGUUUUAAAAGGCUGAGGUUGAAUUGAUGGUUACGAUUCUGAACCUAUGUUUAGUUGAUUGCAGUAUUUAAGAAUUUUUCACCUUAAUUAACGUACUUUCUGUGCAACGACUGUAAGAUGAAAGAGGGAAUACAAAACGAUUUGCAUCUUA